AUGGCCGGGCCAUGGCGGCGGGCGCAGGCUGCGUGCGACUGUGGGGCGCAGCGCGGUGCUGGGCACUCCGACGGCCACUUCUGGCCUCCGCGUGGGACGGGCCCCAACUGCCUCCGAAGCCUGGCUGUCCAGGGGCCGGCGAGCCUGCGACGCCUCUCUCCCCUGGCCGCUGCAGGGAGAAGCCCCGGGGCCCCUGGUCAGUGGCGGGGACUGUGGGAGGGCAGUAACCGCGGCGGCGGCAGCGGCUCGUUCUCGGGCAGUGAGGACGCCUCCGAGGGCGGCGCGGAGGACGGGGCCGCGGGCCCGGGGGGCAGCGCGGGCGGCGGAGAGGGUCCCGUGAUAACGGCGCUCACGCCCAUGACCAUCCCGGACGUGUUCCCGCACCUGCCGCUCAUCGCCGUCACCCGCAAUCCCGUGUUCCCGCGCUUUAUCAAGAUUAUCGAGGUCAAAAACAAGAAGCUGGUUGAGCUGCUAAGAAGGAAGGUUCGUCUUGCCCAGCCCUACGCCGGUGUCUUUCUGAAGAGAGAUGACAACAAUGAGUCUGAUGUGGUCGAGAGCCUUGACGAGGUCUACCAAACAGGGACGUUUGUCCAGAUCCACGAGAUGCAGGACCUCGGGGACAAGCUACGCAUGAUCGUCAUGGGCCACAGGAGGAUUCGCAUCAACAGACAGCUGGAGGUGGAGCCCGAGGAGCCAGAGGCCGAGAACAAGCAGAAGGCCCGGAGGAAGCUGAAGCGGGGCAGGAAGGAGGCCGAGGAUGACGGGAGUGCCAGGAGCCAGGCGGAGGUGGGGGUGGAGCCAGGCCUGAGCACCCCUCAGGAGGUGCUGAUGGUCGAAGUCGAGAAUGUCACCCACGAGGACUUCCAGGUCACAGAGGAGAUGAAAGCCCUGACUGCUGAGAUUGUGAAGACCAUACGGGACAUCAUUGCCUUGAACCCACUCUACAGAGAGUCAGUGCUGCAGGUGAUGCAGACAGGCCAUCGCGUGGUGGACAACCCCAUCUACCUGAGUGACAUGGGCGCCGCAUUGACUGGAGCCGAGUCCCACGAGCUACAGGAUGUCCUGGAAGAGACCAAUAUCCUCAACCGACUGUAUAAGGCCCUGUCCCUGCUCAAGAAGGAGUUUGAGCUGAGCAAGCUGCAGCAGCGCCUGGGCCGGGAGGUGGAGGAGAAGAUCAAGCAGACGCACCGCAAGUACCUCCUGCAGGAGCAGCUGAAGAUCAUCAAGAAGGAGCUGGGCCUGGAGAAGGACGACAAGGACGCCAUCGAGGAGAAGUUCCGCGAACGCCUCAAGGACCUGGUGGUCCCCAAGCACGUCAUGGAAGUGGUGGACGAGGAGCUGAGCAAGCUGGGCCUGCUGGACAACCACUCCUCCGAGUUCAACGUCACUCGUAACUACCUGGACUGGCUGACCUCCAUCCCCUGGGGCAAGUACAGCGACGAGAACCUGGACCUGGUGCGGGCCCAGGCCGUGCUGGAGGAGGACCACUACGGCAUGGAGGACGUCAAGAAGCGCAUCCUGGAGUUCAUCGCCGUCAGCCAGCUCCGUGGCUCCACCCAGGGCAAGAUCCUCUGCUUCUAUGGUCCCCCGGGUGUGGGCAAGACCAGCAUCGCCCGCUCCAUCGCCCGCGCCCUGAACCGCGAGUACUUCCGCUUCAGUGUCGGGGGCAUGACAGACGUGGCUGAGAUUAAGGGGCACAGACGCACGUACGUGGGGGCCAUGCCGGGGAAGAUCAUCCAGUGUCUGAAGAAGACCAAGACAGAGAACCCCCUGAUCCUCAUCGACGAGGUGGACAAGAUCGGCCGGGGUUACCAGGGUGACCCCUCCUCGGCUUUGCUUGAGCUGCUGGACCCGGAGCAGAACGCCAACUUCCUGGACCACUACCUGGACGUGCCUGUGGACUUAUCCAAGGUGCUGUUCAUCUGCACAGCCAAUGUCACCGACACCAUCCCUGAGCCGCUGCGGGACCGCAUGGAGAUGAUCAACGUUUCCGGCUACGUGGCCCAGGAGAAGCUGGCCAUCGCUGAGCGCUACCUGGUGCCUCAGGCUCGUGCCCUGUGUGGCCUGGAUGAGAGCAAGGCCAGGCUGUCCUCAGACGUGCUGACCCUGCUCAUCAAGCAGUACUGCCGGGAGAGCGGCGUCCGCAACCUGCAGAAGCAGGUGGAGAAGGUGUUACGGAAGUCAGCCUAUAAGAUAGUCAGCGGUGAGGCGGAGUCUGUGGAGGUGACGCCUGACAACCUGCAGGACUUUGUGGGGAAACCAGUGUUCACCGUGGAGCGCAUGUACGACGUGACGCCCCCCGGCGUGGUCAUGGGCCUGGCCUGGACCGCCAUGGGGGGCUCCACGCUGUUUGUUGAGACGUCCCUGAGGCGACCACAGGACAGGCACAGCCAGGAGGACAAGGAUGGGACCCUAGAGGUGACGGGCCAGCUGGGGGAGGUGAUGAAGGAGAGCGCACGCAUCGCCUACACCUUCGCCCGCGCCUUCCUGAUGCAGCAGGAGCCCAGCAACCAGUUCCUGGUGACCUCACACCUGCACCUGCAUGUGCCCGAGGGUGCUACCCCCAAGGACGGCCCCAGUGCUGGCUGCACCAUCGUCACCGCUCUGCUGUCCCUGGCCAUGAACCAGCCUGUGCGACAGAACCUGGCCAUGACAGGCGAGGUGUCCCUCACAGGCAAGAUCCUGCCUGUCGGUGGCAUCAAGGAGAAGACCAUCGCAGCCAAGCGGGCUGGUGUGACCUGCAUGGUCCUGCCAGCUGAGAACAGGAAGGACUUCCACGACCUGGCCACCUUCAUCACCGAGGGCCUGGAGGUGCACUUCGUGGAGCACUACCACGAGAUCUUCCACAUCGCCUUCCCCCAGGAGGAGCCACAGAGCCUGGCUGUGGAGCGGUGA